GUUCUCAGCUCCGUCUUUCUUCAAACUCCGUAAACUCAUUUCCUUCAUUUCAUCACUCACAAACCCAGAAAACCCUAACUGAAAAAAAAAUUCUCUGAUUAUUUCAUUUCCAUUCAAUUCAAUUCAAUUCAAUUGAAACUAUUCAAAUUCAGAUUCAAUUUGAAAUUCAAAUUCCUUCACCAUUUCAAUGAAGCAAUGAGCAGCAGCAGCCCGAGCCCACUGGUGUCCCCGACGAGCUCGCGGUCCGUUACCGAAACCGUGAACGGCUCCCACAAAUUCGUGAUCCAGGGUUACUCAUUAGCGAAAGGCAUGGGAAUCGGGAAGCACAUUGCCAGUGACAAUUUCACGGUAGGCGGUUACCAGUGGGCCAUUUAUUUUUACCCUGACGGCAAAAAUCCAGAGGAUAAUUCAACAUACGUUUCAGUUUUUAUUGCAUUAGCGAGCGAGGGAACCGAUGUGAGAGCGUUGUUUGAAUUGACGCUCGUGGAUCAGAGUGGUAAAGGAAAACACAAGGUGCAUAGCCAUUUUGACCGCUCGCUUGAAAGCGGGCCUUACACACUGAAGUAUCGAGGGAGCAUGUGGGGUUACAAGCGUUUUUUCAGACGAGCUUUGCUUGAAACAUCUGAUUACCUCAAGGAUGAUUGCCUGAAGAUCAAUUGUACUGUUGGAGUUGUGGUUUCAGCCAUAGAUUGUUCAAGGUUACAUUCAAUUCAGGUUCCAGAGUCUGAUAUUGGAGAACAUUUUGGCAUGUUAUUGGAAAAUAUGGAAUGUUCAGAUGUAACCUUUGAUGUAGCUGGAGAAAAGUUUCAUGCUCACAAGUUGGUUUUGGCUGCUCGAUCUCCUAUAUUUCGAUCUAAAUUCUUUGAGGUGUUAGAGGAAGAUAAGCAAGAGAUUGUAAUUAGUGAUCUAGAGCCUAAGGUUUUUAAGGUGAAUUCAUCUCUUAUUGUUCCUAUUGUUUUGCAUGAGGUCUUUGGUGAGCAUUUGUUCUCUUCUGACGGUAUUGUAUGUUUCAUCACUGUUUUUCUCUGCUUCCUGCAGGCCAUAUUACACUUCAUAUACAGAGAUUCUCUUACAGAGGAUGUGGACGUGGCGGGAUCUGGCUCUUCUUGUAUGUCUUCUGUAUCAGAUACCCUAGUUGCAAAGUUGUUGGCAGCAGCAGACAGAUAUGGCUUGGAGAGACUCAGAUUGAUGUGUGAAUCUCAUCUAUGCAAGGAUAUUUCUGUGAAUUCUGUUGCCAAAAUCUUAGCCUUGGCCGAUCAAUAUCAUGCUACAGAACUAAAAGCUGUUUGCCUAAAAUUUGCUGCUGAAAAUCUUGCUGCUGUUAUGCGGUCAGAUGGUUUCGAAUACCUCAAAGAGAACUGCCCAUCACUGCAAUCAGAGCUGCUGAAGACAGUGGCAGGUUGUGAGGAGGAUUGCAGCAGUGGGGGUGGGAAAUCUCGAAGCGUAUGGGCUCAACUUUCCGAUGGCGGAGAUACCAAUGGCAGGAGGGUCAGGCAAAGAACCUGACAUCUGAUGUUUGCUAUCUUUGUAAAUGGAGGUGAUGAUGUUGUGAAAAGAUUUCAGCAGCUAACGGAGUUGGACAUGGCGGGAGGGCCUGGCCUGUCUUUCUUGGAAGUUACUAAGCCUAAGAUGUGUAAACGGAUUGUUGUUAGAUGGUGGGCGUUUACUGUAAAAUAUGACUAAACUGUGUUAGCUGUUUACUAAUAGUGCUUAGUAAGAAACA